GGAACGUGUUCCGGUCGGUGAUGUCAGUCAUCUGCGCAUGCCGCGGAGUGUAGCCUCUGUCAAAGUUGUAGUUGUAGCAACACCUGAACCGCCGCUAUGGGGAUCUUGGAGAAAAUCGCGGAAAUAGAGAAAGAAAUUUCUCGGACACAGAAAAACAAAGCUACUGAAUACCAUCUGGGGUUGCUCAAAGCCAAGCUAGCCAAAUACAGAGCUCAGCUUCUGGAGCCCUCCAAGUCAGCGGGGGCCAAAGGCGAGGGCUUUGAUGUCAUGAAAUCAGGAGAUGCUCGUGUUGCUCUUAUCGGUUUCCCCUCUGUGGGUAAGUCCACCUUCCUCAGUUUGAUGACAUCAACGGCCAGUGAAGCUGCUUCCUAUGAGUUCACUACCCUCACCUGUAUACCUGGUGUCAUAGAGUACAAAGGGGCCAACAUCCAGUUGCUCGAUCUUCCAGGAAUCAUUGAGGGUGCUGCCCAAGGUAAAGGUAGAGGUCGGCAAGUCAUUGCGGUUGCCAGGACAGCAGACGUUGUCAUCAUGAUGCUGGAUGCCACCAAAGGAGAUGUUCAGAGAGGACUUCUAGAAAAAGAGUUGGAGUCAGUGGGCAUCAGACUUAACAGGACGAAACCAAAUAUUUAUUUCAAGCCCAAGAAAGGCGGCGGCCUCUCCUACAACUCCACAGUGCCUCUCACCCACUGCUCAGAGAAGCUCGUUCAGCUCAUCCUUCACGAAUACAAAAUCUUUAAUGCAGAAGUCCUCUUCAGGGAGGACAGCACACCCGACGAGUUCAUCGAUGUCAUUGUUGGGAACAGAGUUUACAUGCCUUGCCUAUACGUGUACAAUAAGGUGGACCAGAUCUCCAUGGAGGAAGUGGACCGCCUGGCUCGCAGACCUCACAGUGUUGUCAUCAGCUGUGGGAUGAAGCUGAAUCUGGAUUACCUUUUGGAGAGGCUGUGGGAAUACCUGGCCCUGAUUUGCAUUUAUACCAAGAAAAGAGGAGAGCGCCCAGACUUUAAUGAUGCCAUCAUCAUGAGAAGAGGAGCAAGUGUAGAACAUGUGUGCCAUCGAAUCCACAGAACCUUAGCCAGCCAGUUCAAAUAUGCCCUCGUUUGGGGAACCAGUACCAAGUACAGCCCACAGAGGGUCGGCCUAACACACAUCAUGGAGCACGAGGACGUCAUUCAGAUCGUGAAGAAGUAAAACCAGCUUCUGACUGGACAGAGGAGAGACUGAGCAGGAGUUUAAAUGAAAAAAAAAGUACUGUACAGUAGAUAUACAGCAAUGGAAAAUAGCCACCAUUCAUAUUUUGUAUAUGAUAAUUAACAAAAAAAACAGGACAGGUGUAUUUUACCUUUUAAGAGAGACAUACAGUGAUUCUGAGAGAGACAGCUGGAAAAAAUAAAGUCCAUAAAACA